AUGGUAUCAUUUUCAUGCGAAGUUUGUAACGACACAGUGGUUAAAAAGAAGUUGGGUCAGCAUCAGCAAAGAUGUCGUGGGGCUUACUUCACCUGUAUUGACUGUUCAACCACAUUUCACAACAAUGACCAUGAUAAACACACUAGUUGUAUAUCAGAGGCUGAAAAAUACGAAAAGAGUUUGUACAAAGGUAAAAAGAAGCAACCUGUUACACAGAAGGAGCAACCAAAGCCAAAGAGCGUUACAGAAAAGUCAUCGCCACUAGCCCUGUUGGUAACGGAAAAGUCAAAUUUUUACAAGAUUCUUAAAAAGGCAUCCAAGGAUGAUAAAAAGAAGCUAAAGGAGAUUUUGAAAAACUUGACCGUAUCAAACAUUGAUGGGAAAUUGAUUAUACAAUAG